UUAUUUAUAAUAAUUGAUACUAAUAUACUGGUACAGAGUUUGAAAUUUCUACAGAAUUUAACAGAAACUAUAAUAACAGAUUUUGGUUUACCAUUUAUUGUUAUACCAUGGGUAGUAAUGCAAGAAUUAGAUUUUAUUAAAGAUGGUAAAUCAAAACAUACUGUGGUAAGUUUUCAAGCAAUGAAAGCAGUAAAAUUUCUGUAUUCUUGUUUACAAAAUAAACAUCCUAGAGUAUUGGGGCAAACAGCUUCAGAUGUAAGUAAUAAUUUAACUAUAGAAUGUAAUGAUGAUAGAGUUUUACAGUGUUGUUUUUCAUAUACACAUAAAUAUCCUAAUGGAAACAUAGUACUAUUGUCUGAUGACUUCAACUUAUGUAAUAAAGCCACAAUAUCAGAUGUUUCAGCGUUCACCAAAAAUGUAAGUUACAAUAAUCUUUGCUUAGAAUCAGGCACACUUUAUAUAUUUAUAAGGUAUACCAUCAGUGGUUUCGAAAAGAGUAAACAUGAUCUCAACUUAAUACUAUGUACUGUGAAAGAAGAAAUUAAAAGAAGUUUAAGUGUUGUUUUAGAAACUGAAAUGAAAAGUGCUUACAAUAAUAUUUGGAAAUGUAUUGUACUUAGGAAGCCACCUUGGUCUGCUUUAGAUAUUAUGGAGUCAAUUCAGAAACAUUGGAUUGGUGUAUUUGGUUUAGUAUUAGACAGACGUAAAAAGACAUUAGUAGAUGAAAUAGUCACUUCACUCCGUUUUAAUACAGGUCAGUAA